UCAAUAAAAUAAAGAAAGAAAAAGAAAGUGUCAAACACGCUAAUGCUUUAUAUGCUCUAAACUUUAUAUAGCAAUCAAGAUAUAGUAUAAUAUAGACGAAUGAGAUGUUUUUUAACAACACCCGGCCGCAGGAAAUGGAUUUAUUAACUGAAAGUUUAUUAUCUGGGAUAUACAGUUUUGCUUUUGUUAUAGGCGUGUUUGGUAAUACGCUAGUGUUACUUGCUACACUACGAUAUAGAAAGCUUCAAAUUCCAACAAACUUGUUUGUUUGCAACUUAUGUUUUAAUGAUAUUCUGAUUUUAUUAGCAGGGGUUCCUGUAUUUUUAAAUUAUGAAGGAACUGGUUUUAUGGAAGGUAUUAAGUGCGUGUUUUUGAAGCCGAUCUUAAGAAUUUUAAUGAUGGCAAAUGUUCUAAUUUUGGUAAUAAUUGCAUUUGAAAGAUAUUUAGUGAUAUUGCGCAUAAAAAUGCCAUUCAAAAUAAAUAACAAAACUUCUAUUUUGAUUUGUCUGAUUGUAAAUAUACUUGCUAUUUUGUUAGGGCUUCCUAAUAUAUUAUUAAAACAAAAAAAGGAGUUUAAUUCUUGCCAUCUUGAUGAUUUUACAGGAACAUCAACUUUGAUUUAUGUUUUAUUAGUAUUUCUUCUUCAAUAUAUUGCACCGUUAGUGAUUAUGUCUUUUUUGUAUAUAAAAAUAUGGUACACCGUCAGGUCAAAAAAUCGAAAAUCAAUAAAAGUCUUUAAUCGUAAUCGAACCAAGUCUUUUUUAAAUAAUAACAACGAUCCAUUUGAAGCCGAAAAAAUUGAUAAUAGAUCCGAAUAUCAGGAUUCGACUAAUUUUAAUUAUGUACCAAAGCGAAUGGCAAAAAGAAGAAGCAUUUCACUGACUGAUUUUAAUGACAGACAUACUAUUCGAAAAGCCGAACAUUUUUCCUUGAGCAAUGCUCGAUCUUUAUCAAAUAAUUUAGAAGAUUGCCGUGAAAAUAGAACCAUGAAAACUUUAAAAAGAAAUUCAAGCAUAAACAGAAGAAAAAGUGGCUCAGUGCUGUGUCGAACAUCAAGUAUGGUGCAAGAGACAAAACGCGGGGAUGAUAAGUGGUUUGAAACAAAAAGCAUUACUCGGUGCGCAAGCGCCAGAAUGUUAUCUCAUAGUGAUUCAGAGCUUAAAACAAAAACCAGCAGAAGAAAAAUUAGCUCCUGGUACAACAGCAGCUUUCGUAUGCCUAUGUCAAAAAUGAAAGAAAGCGUAACCUCUCUUAUUGCUGGAGCUGACUUAAAUGAAAUAUCUGAAGAAUUUGCAUUUUACAGGUUUAAACAAACUUUAAAAACUUUGAAAGUUUUUGGCAUACUUCUAACUGUCUUUUUUGUUUGUAUGCUUCCGCAUCACGUCAGUGAGAUUUUAAUUGCUUUUCAUGUUAAGAUUACCCCAAAAAUACAUUAUUUUUGCAAAGGUCUUGUUUACUGUAAUGCUUCUUUAAACCCGUGGUUGUAUGGAGGUUUUAACGAGUAUUUUCAAAAUGCAUUUAAAAGUUUAUUAAUAAAAUCAAAAAAAAGAAAGAAAGCAAAUAAAAAAAAAAGUAUAGUCAGUUGUUCACGUUUAUCGAUGGGCAAUAAAAAUGAAGCGAGUAUUUUUCAACGACUAUUAAACCUUUUUUUUUCAAAAUGGAUUCCCGAUGAACGUGCAAUUAACGGUUUUUCUAAAUGUUCCCCCAUUCUUCCACGGCAUUCAACUACUUCAGAUAAAAACAGAAAAAUUUCUAAUAAGAAAAUUAGCUGCAGGCAGGUUGAAAUUGAUGGAAUUCCAAUUUGCGCGCCAAUCAUUAUUAUAACAAGUUAUGACGACGACAUAAAUUCACCGUUUGUUUAAACGAUAUUUAUUUUAAAAACAUUAAAAAUUUACUAAAUAUUAAACAUCUAUAAAAGCUUGAA